GCGCCACUUGUUGACCGUCGAUAUUCCCGUCAACUUCGACCCAGAACGAUAAAAGACCAACAGAGAGUAUAGUCAGAUAGCUUCAGACUUCAACAUCCUUCACAGGUGUCCGUCAGUUGAUACUACUACAAGCCACAACUUUAAACACUCGACCUCGUCUAUCCCCAACUUGGUCGCUCCAAAAUGUCAUCCGGCGUCACUGUCCACCCGCAAUGCAUGCAUGACUUCAUCGAUCUCAAAUUGAAGAAGAAAAGCAAAUACAUCAUCUAUGCGAUUUCGGAUGAUUCCAAAGAGAUCGUGGUCGAGAAGGUCUCGGAAGCCCAAUCCUACGACGAUUUCUUAGAGGAUUUGCCUUCCGGAUCUUGUCGCUAUGCGGUUUACGAUUUCGAAUACUGUGCAGAGGAAACAGAGGGUAAAAGGAACAAGCUGUGCUUCUUUACUUGGUCACCCGAUGAUGCUAAAAUCAAAAACAAGAUGGUUUACGCUGCCUCAAAAAGGGCCCUUCGCGAGGCCUUGGUCGGCAUCGCCUUGGAGAUUCAGGGCACAGAUGCCAGUGAGGUGGCUUACCAAACAGUUUUGGAGAAGGCCCUCAAGCGAUAAUUUCCUUUUCCUUUGAUCGUUGACUAACUGCGCAUGGUUUAAAUGAGCACACAAAGAUUUUUUUAUCAAGAAAGAAAGAAAGAAAAAAAGAAACGAAAAACCCAAAAAAAAAGAAGAUGACCAUGUUGCAUAUUACUAUAUAAUCUCCCCCCUCUCGGCGCAAAUAGUCUUCCGAGCUACACGCACAAACUUCCUCGACGAAGACAGCCUCCCAAGCCAAUUGAAUCUCCCCACGUGUGUUUGUUUGUUUUGUUUGUUUAGUUGUUGUAGAUGAAUUGCCUGCUACACUCCCCGGUGCGCUUGGCGGGUUAAUGAGUAGAGUGAUGGGUGGAAAGUAAGAGAAGAUUAGGGUUGCACCGCAUGUAUGAGCAGCUUGGGGUUGAAGGUUUAUUGAAGACUCGGGUCGGUUACAUAUCUGGCAAUGUUUUCUCAAUCAGAGUAUUUCAUCUUGCAGUCUACAUACACUAGAAAGUUUGACUGCCCAACCAGCUCCUUCUUGGAAGCCAAAUCUCAUCUGCCUAGCUAGCCACCUUGUGAACAUAGCUUCACUCAUCUAUGGUUGCAUUCUGUGGUUUGAGACCUGGAGAAAUUGACAUUCAUGACUGCUCUUCUAACUGUUGAUUCUCUUUGCCUACAUGCUAUUAAAAUAAAGACUUCUUCAAUCAUGAUAUCUAGGUGGUAUGUUCAUUGUUGUCACUAUCAGCAUUUGACUAUAGAUUUCCAUCAAUUGAAGCCUGUAUGUAAUCAUAAUGGCUCUUUCAAUGACAUGACUGAAGAAAAUUUGCAAGUUAGUGCAUGUUAUUUCUAG